AUGGACAUACUGAACUUGUGGAAUGAUGACCCAGAGCAGAUUCUCUUGGAGCUGGGCUUUGGCUGUGAUGAACCUGACCUCUCUGGACGCAUCCCAGCUCGAUUCAUCAAUUAUGAGUCUCAGGCAAGAGGAAUAAACCUCCAGGUGUUUCUGGAAGCCCAGAAGAACCGACUGGACCUGGAGAACCCAGAUGUCAGCAAUCGUUUUAGGCAGCUCGAGGUCCUCCAGCAGGUAACAACAGCAUUUUCCUCCUUGAUGGUGUUGUCCUCCUCACCCCCUAUGAGAACACCGCUGGGAAAAGACCUGUCUCCUGAGGCCCAGGAGAAGAGGAGGUACAUGGGCAUGCUGUUCAGAAGAGCAUCAAAGAAGUCACUCAGCCAAAUGCACAGCCAUAAAACCCAGGAACCAACACCUGAGUUGCUGCACCCUCCACCUGGCUUUGGAGACCAGAAAAUUCCCUUAAAAAGACUCAGAACUGGUCUUUUGGAAACUGUGUGUCUGAGUCCUCUGGCAGAGGAGCAAUUAGAUGGUCCAGUCCCUCAGACCCAACCUCAACUGGUUUCUUUCAUAGCCCAGGAGGGAGCACUUAGACCUGAGGCUUUAAAGGAAUGUGACCCCCUGACAGUUAACACUUUUUUAGAAAAGAAGACAGGCCCAGGGCAGGCCACGGAAUCAUUUGAAAUGGAAGAGAUGAGCUUUGAUGAGGGCAGUUUCACAGGGAGCUACACGAGAGGGACAGAAAAUUUAGUGAGAGGUGUAAUAAAGUCCAACAGCUGCCAGUCAGACAGCAGUGGAUUUCUUGAAGAGCCCUUCAUCCCAGGACCUGAACUCAUCAAGGCUCUGUCCGGCUUGUCAGGAGGGAGCACUGUCAGCCAGAGCAGCAAGAGACCAGGGUCCCUCUCUCCUUCUGCUGUUGACACACUUAUGCUUUCCUCACCCUGUCCAUCACAAGAGCCUUCAUUGUUAUUUGGCCCUUCCACAUCUCCAGUCCCAUUCAGCCUCCUAAAAUCUGACCUGCAAGGUUCAGAGAUGGAGACACCACCAGAUGCCCCAUGCCCCCACCUGUCUCCCCUUCCUCAAGACUCUGAAAGCACAGCAUUCUCUGCCUUUUCAUAUGUCCCUUCUACUUCUUCAUUUCCUUCUCCUGCUCCAAAUUUUGCAUCAAGUGCAAUGUCUUUUCCAUGGUCUGACUCCUCCUCUGGCAGUCCAAGGAACACAUACUCAGAAUAUACUGAGGUGGCUUUGCAUAAAAAUGUCCUAUCUGCUUCUGGUGACUUAUCGCUGCUUCUCUCUUCCCCUUUUGCCUUUCCCCCAAUAACUGAAUCCCUCUCACAGAGUUCAAAUAACAAUCAAAAAAAUUCCAGUCUCUCAGACUCAGAUCGAACAGGCCUCUCUGACACAUCUACCAAUACACAAAACAAAGAGAACAAAAUACCUUUUUUUCUCACCUUUCUGUUGGACAAGGACAGUCCCUCAGUACCAUCUCCUCUCGUUCUGGACUCCUGUAAAUUUGAGAAGGGUUGUCCCUCACUGCCAAGCCUUUCUCCUAACCCUUCUAUUCCAAGUUGUCAGUCUGACAUGCCAUUGCAUCAUCCACAUGGUCUGAGAGAUCCAACUGCCCAAAGAAAAGCAGACCUGACAGAGCCAUCCAUUUUCCAACUAGGCCAGUCAUGUUCUCAUGAUGGUAACACAGAUCUUGCUCCAGCCUCUCCUGUCCAAGAUAUUAUUCAUGUUAAGAUGGACCACUUCACUGUGGACUUAGAGGAUACCCUUCAGAGGAAUAAAAAGGAAGAAGAGGAUGGUGAGGGAGAUACUGACACCAUGCAGACUCAAGACACUGUUUACAUCUCAGAUAGAGAGAGUUCUGCAGGCCUGUCAGAAGGUUCUACAUUAAUCGCUGGGAACAUGUGUAACCAAACAGAACCAGAUCAAGCAGUCUCUUCUGAUACUUUGUAUGAUAAACUUUUAAGUAAAACCAAUCAAGAAGAGUUAAGAAAAUUCAGUCAAAUGGAAAGUAAUGGAAAAAUAAGUGAAUCAGCAAGUAAUUUCAUUUUACAUAAUGAAGUUUCAGAGGAACAAAGCAGACUUGAAGUGGAACUAAUCAAGAUUGACAGCUUAGAUCUGGCCUUCGAAACAUCAGUGGAUGGUUCAGAAGAUGAAAAUGGAGAUGUGGAUAAUUUUUUUCAGCAGCUUGAUACUGAAGAAUUAUCUUGA